AUGUUGAGAUUAAGGAAUGUGCUAAGGCCAACCCAUGGAUACAACGUUGCAAGGUUGGUUAGUGCUCGUUAUUCCAGCACAAAAGUCGUUGGUAUCGAUUUGGGAACAACGAAUAGUGCCAUUGCUUACAUUAAAGAUUCAAAUAAUAAGAAUUCAGUGGAGAUUAUAGAAAAUAAUGAAGGAAAUAGAACGACACCUUCGGUAGUUGCUUUUGGCAAGGAUAAAAAGUGGAUUGUCGGUGAAGCUGCCAAAAGACAAGCCAGCAUCAAUCCUAUGAACACAUUUUAUGCAACUAAGAGGUUGAUCGGUCGUCAUUUCGACUCAAGUGAGGUAAAGUUAGAUAUAGAGAUCAUGCCAUUCAAAAUUGUCCCAUCUCCUGAUAAUGGUCAGGCUUAUCUAUGCACAACAGAUGGAAAUGUGAAGUCACCUAGUGAAAUAGGAUCUUAUAUUUUAGAUCAUUUGAAGAAACAAGCGCAAGAUUAUCUAAAUGAAAAAAUAGACAAAGCAGUCAUAACAGUUCCUGCAUAUUUUAAUGACUCUCAAAGACAAGCUACAAAAGAUGCAGGUAAGUUAGCAGGUUUAAAGGUUUUGAGAGUUAUUAAUGAACCGACUGCAGCUGCAUUAAGCUUCGGUAUGGAUGAUAAGAGUAAUUCAGGUAUUAUCGCAGUAUAUGAUUUAGGUGGAGGGACUUUUGACAUAUCCAUUUUAGAUAUCGAGGAUGGAGUUUUUGAAGUUAGAGCAACUAAUGGUGAUACUCAUCUUGGGGGUGAAGAUUUUGAUAAUGUCGUAGUGAAUUAUAUUAUAGAUUCAUUCGUUAAAGAGAAUCCUGAAAUAAAUAAAAACAAUCUUUUAAACAACAAUGAAGUAAUUCAGAGAGUAAAAGUUGCUGCAGAAAAGGCCAAGAUUGCUUUAUCUCAUGUAACUGAAACUGAAAUUUCCAUUCCUUUUAUUACAAGGAAUAAGCACUUCCUAAAAACGUUAAAAGAAAGAGAAUUAGACGACAUGACAUUACAUUUAAUAAAUAGAACAAUCAAUCCAGUGAAAAAAGCAUUAAAAGAUGCUGAUAUAGAUCCUGAAGAUAUUGAUGAUAUUAUUUUAGUAGGAGGUAUGACAAGAAUGCCAAAGAUCAGAAAGAUUGUAGAACAGCUUUUUAACAAAAAGCCAACCACAACUGUCAACCCUGAUGAAACAGUUGCAUUAGGUGCAGCAAUCCAAGGUGGUGUAUUAUCCGGUGAAAUUAAAAAUGUGUUGUUAUUAGAUGUUACUCCAUUAUCUUUAGGUAUUGAGACAUUUGGCGGCGCUUUUUCUCCAUUAAUACCACGUAACACUACAGUUCCAGCAAAAAAGACUGAAGUAUUCAGCACUGGUGUUGAUGGACAAACUUCUGUUCUUUUCAAGGUUUAUCAAGGCGAGAGGGGGCUAGUACGAGACAAUAAACUUAUUGGCGAUUUUGUAUUGAAAGGUAUACCCCCUAUGUUAAAAGGAAAACCACAAAUUUUUGUCACCUUUGAUGUAGAUGCUGAUGGGAUAAUUAAUGUUACAGCAAGUGAAAAAUCAACUGGAAAAGAGCAAAGUGUCACUGUCAUCUCCAAUUCUGGAUUAACUCAAGAUGAGAUCAAGAAAAUGGUAGAAGAAGGACAGAAAAAUAAGGACAUGGAUAAUAAACUGAGAAGCAGAAUAGAAUUGAUUAACAAAGCUGAUGUGAUGAUCAGCGAUACCGAAAGAGCGUUUGAACAAUUUAGAGAAGUGAUAUCAUUAGAAGAAAAUUAUGAAUCAAUCUUGAAAGAAUUGCAUACUGUUAGAGAAACAAUUAACCUAUACAAAAAUAAUGAAAAUGAUUUUAGUCUUGAUGUUAAUAAUAUAAAGAGGGCAACGGAUACUUUACAAAAUAAAUCGCUGAAAUUAUUUCAAGCUGCGUCAAAAAGGCAGGCAAAAUUAAAGGAUACCAAACAAUAA